AGAAGUGAAUAUUCCGAUGAAUCAGGAAUCCAGUCUACCAAAGCUUUUUAACCAAUUGAAGCAAUGGUGGCAAUCGGUGUCCAGUUCCGGUUUUGGAAGCAGAUCAAAUUCCCGAAGGCUAUCCACAUCCAGCACUCUGAAGUCACAUACGCCCAUCUCAGCUCCUUCCACCUUAAACGGAAGCGUCAAUUCACGCGCCAGUCGCAUCACUCCAUUGAGUUUCAGUGAAAAAGUUAUAGAUUUUGCGCGUGUACGUAAAUGUACGGAUGAACCACCAGUUUUCCAAGGAGUCCUGGAGACAAGUUACGAAGUGGACCUAUACGUGCCGGAUGCACGACACAGCAACGGCGACGACGACCAAAAUGCAUUCCUUCUUUUCUGCCACGUGCAACCAUCUGCCGUAGACGUCACUUUCCUAUGGUCAAAAGAUGGAUCAGAGAUAGUGCCCCAAUCAAGGGUCGUCAGCCAGCAAACAGCAACUCAACUACGAAUUAACUUUCCGCAGUGCAGUGACAGCGGAAAAUACACCUGCGAGGCAAUCAACCCUAGUGGGCGAUGUGAAACUUCAACACACAUUCAGGUUCGACCUAAAACGGGAAAUGAACAGAAUAAAUCUUUACAUAGUCAUGCGGUAACUGCGUCGAGCAUAAAACUCCCGGAUUGUAAGCACAAGAGACACCGCACUGCAGACGAGGAGGAAGCGUUGCCAGACUCGCAGAAAGGCAUCGGCGACUGCUCUGGUGUUGGAUUCAGAUCAACAGAGAUCAUAGAAGGAAUGCAAACCAUAGUCAUGCCACAUUAUAAAAGCGCAUGUGAGAAUGAGAGAGAGGACGUUAAAACACUUCCAGAAUGGGAUCAAACAGAGCCAACCGAUUCAAUAGCGCUCCUUGUGUUAGCGGAGGAAUCUUUUGUGAAUACUCAAAAGCACAUCAGACCAUGCGAAACUGUCAUUCGCAGCUCAGAAUUAAACCCUGCUUCUUCUCUACAACCGGAUAGUACUCUGGGCGUUGCGGCGGUAAGAACGAGUAAGCGAAAAAGCAGUUAUCCAAUGUCAGUUAUUGACUCACGAAUUGGCCGAGUAACGAGCCCGUUGACUUUAGAAAAUAACAAUUAUCAGCCCCAGAAGGAGAAAAGUAAUGGUUCGGAUCUUCGUGCAUUAAAGAUGCGGCCCAUCAAAAGAGAAGAUGAUCCAACAAGAUGGACAGUGAGAGAACUACGGGACAUUUACGAGGCUAAGGGGAACCAAACAAGGGGUGGUUUUACACAUUACCUAUCUCACUCUGGCCGAUGGAGAAAUGUCUCAGGGUCUGCUCCGAAUACGCUCAAACCCCUCCGAGGACCGAAGGAUGAAGUUGGACAAAAACCAUCGGAGGCUUGGAUACAAGAACGCGAGAGUGAACCCAAUGGAGCUACAGAUGGACGCUCUCAAGAUAUUUCUGUGUCCAUCGGAAUGCAUGCUCAAGUACACACAUCAAUACACAGGAUCCAAGCUGAUGAAACUGUCGGGCGAGAAACAGAUUCGGUGAACGGUUCGGGCCUGGUCAGUACGAACCACAGGCAACAAUUCGUGAAAUCUCACUCACAACUCUACAGGGAGCAUGCCGAAACUCUUGAAUCAACACCGUCACAAAUCAGACAGUUGUCAGUGUUGUCGGCCGAACAUAGACUGAACGGAAUCCAUCAAGAUGGUUCCACAAUGAACGAAGGGAAUGACGGAGUUGGCAACGAUGAAAUACUUCAACCAACUUCCUCAAGCACCGGUGUUACAAGAAGAGAUCGGGCUUCAGAAAGAAAUUUAAUAAAUGCCUCGGAUAAAUUAAGGGAAGCUAAAAUUACAGACAAACAUCUGACAGAGACCGGGACCACAAACGAUGCGAAUACUCUAAGAUCAAGGACUCCUCACCAAACUAUGAAAUCAGCUAGCGGGGACAUUAACACUCAGGAGAUAGAGCCAACAGUCGACCAGCGCUCUUUGUCCAGUAACCACAAAGGGGACAACAGUCACCCGAAACUUGUGGCUGACAUAAACAAUCAACUGCUACCCAAAGAGUGGCCCUCUAGACCGAUUGAGAAAUGUCUGCUGGCCAUGGGAACAACCAUGAAGGCUAACGGAAUACUGGACCAUGUAGACGAUAAAAAAUGGCUUGUGAGGCACGUACAUCGGCUCCCUGUGGAACAUUUUCAAACGUAUAGUAAAAACAGACAGAGUGAUACCGUUAAUGCAGCUGACGAAAAGUGGUCAUCCGACACGCAGUGUAUCGACUGUGACAAAACGACGGAAGAACCAAGAGAUAAAUUGGGCACAAACGCUAACAAAACAGGCUCGAUAUCCAACGAAAGACCGUUGGGACUUAAACCUAAUCCGGCAGUCACCUCUCGACAUCAGAAAGAUGUGACCUGGUCGAGAGCUUUUGAAUCAGUGAGACAGAUUCGAGCAGAGUUCUCAGAAGCGCAGCUAGGACAACGACCCAUUAUCCAAGAGCAUUUGUUAAACCCCAUCCAAUCAAAAGGUAUUGACGCCUCGUGCGCAGAGAGAAGACAGACCACUGUUGAAAAGCUGGUCACAAUGACAAAUAAUACACCAAGCAUAAAUUCAGAGACUGGUCUGCUAACGCAUUCAAGUUUGGGGGAGGUACCACGCGAAGCAUCUUCUGCCUUUGCCGAAAGUGUGCUCCCAAAUAGCACACAAACAAGGAUGCCAGAAUUUUCUUCGGAAACUGCAUGCAUCAACAAGUUGGCCUCAAAAAGAAAAGAAGUCAACUCUACUGAAGACUCAGUGAACGUCAAAACAAUGCGAGACGUUGAUCCCAACCAGCAUUUUCUUCCGAUGUCGCCUCUGGGAGAGGGUCAGUUCGGCAAAGUUCAUGCCUGCGUGUGUCGCAAGACCGGUGCAAAUUAUGCACUGAAAAAGUUCCGUUUCGCUCGCUUGGCCCGACACCAAGGUGAACUAAUGGAGGUCGCGGUGCUUCGAGCGCUUGGCAAACAUCCACAGAUCGCUCAUCUGGUCGCCGCUUUUGAGUUCAACGGCUAUUGCACUCUCAUCACGGAACUAGUUACGGGAGGUGCGCUAUUUGAGCGCAUCGAAGCUGAGGGAUGUCUUGAUGAGGCCAUAACCGUACAAAUUAUCAAACAGCUGCUGAAGGGUUUGGAGCACUUGAAAAACUGCAAAGUCCUUCACUGCGAUUUGAAACCAGAAAACCUAAUCAUGUGCAAACCUCGAGGAUAUCAGCUGAAGAUUAUUGAUUUCGGACUGGCUUGUUUUUAUGAUACUAGUCAACCAAGACGUCGACCAGCUGGGACACUCACUUACUUGGCGCCGGAGACACAGAAUUAUGAUCCUCAGUCUUAUGCAACAGAUCUGUGGAGCGUGGCUGUUAUAGCCUACGAAAUCCUUGCAGGUAUCACUCCGUUUGAGGUGCCACAUGAAGGUGACCCGGAGCGAAAACUGAGCAAGAAUGAGAUAUCAAUCAACAUUACCAAGGUGCGAUACACACUGGAGGAGAGUGGCAUAGUAGACGCGUCUGCCGAGGCGAAAGACUUCAUCAAGAAGAUUCUUGUGCGGCAGCCAGAGAAACGACCAUCUGUGGAAGAAUGUCUCAAACACGCGUGGAUGACGAUGUCUGAUGUGGCGCGGCCAACAGUCACGCGGAAUCUUUCGUUGUACAGACGCAGUACCCGCAGAAAUAUAAACAGAGGAGAAAAGACCCCCGGUCGGACCCAUAGUUUGAACAAAUCGGAAACGGACAGAUAA